UUUAACACAUUUUAUUUAAUAGAAUAUACACAGCUGAGAUAGCUGCCUGCAUGAAGUGUGCUAAAGAUUCUGAGCAACUUUUGAUGGCAAAACAUUAUUUGUUAUUCCUAUCAGUAUUAUUAUAUAAUGGUUACCAUUGUUCAAGUCUUGAAAUAGAACUAGGAAAUAAAAGUUACCAAAUUAAUUUCACAACUUUGCCUCCGAAAGAAGAAGGAGACAGAGUGGAAAUUUUGUGUAACAAUAUAAAAGUACAAGGACAAAAUAUAACGUGGUAUUUUAUUCAUCAAGGCGAACAUCCUCCAUAUACUCCAAACCUAUACCCAUUUUCUUUUUGCCAAGUUAAUUGUGAGUUGGACAAUGGUAAAAGAAAAUUAACAGUGAAAGAGUUUCACAUUUCAACAGUUGGAAAUUACAUUUGUGUAGAUGGUGAAAAUGGUCAUGGUUAUUAUGUUUAUAUUGAAGAAAAAGAACCAGAAAUAAAGCAACUUCCCUUUGACAAUCAGACUGCAUCCAUUGGUACCAAUGUAACAUUUAGUUGUAAUGCAGAUACUGGGAGGCCUAACAAAACCCAGGCUGUAGACUAUAUGAAUGUUAGUUUCCUAGAUGGAGAAAGAUGCAAAGUGAGGAAUGAGUGCAAAAAGAGCAACAUGUCGAAGAGAAUUGAAAAUGGACGUGUUAUAGUUAGCAUGAAUUUAACCUUGAUGAGUGUCAGAAAAGGAGACCUUGGUAUCAAAGUAGAAUGUCGAAUGUUCGACGUAAAUGGAAUGUUACCUAUACUAACUGCAUGGCUACUUGAAAAAGAUUCACCCACCAUAGAAGAUAAAAAAGUUGAUGUAAAGAUACUGCUGCCCGUCUUAGCGUCAUUUGUUAUUGUGUCUAUCAUUUUAGCUGGAAUUAUCUACCUUUGUCAUCCACCAAUUACUUACUGGAUCUUUUAUCGUCAUAACUUACCAGAGAGAGGUGAUAAGUCAUUCCAUGGUCUUAUACUAUACAAUGAAGAUGCAGAAGUAUAUGACAAGGUGCAAAGAUUAAAAUCAGGACUACACGGGUAUAAUCUCAGAGAAUAUCCUCCUGGGCCUGAUUCUGCUGAUCAACAAGCUGGUUAUUUAUUGGCAACCCUACUUGAUACUAUGUGUCAGGAGUGUGCCUGUGUCAUUAUUGUUGGAGAAGUAGGAGACUUAGAAGAAAGAUGUCUGUCAACGUUUAAAGGGAGAGAAGUUACUCAUAUUAUUCUCUCUGGUUCCCAGGAUAAGAAAAUAAAUCAAGUUUUUUGGCCAAAGGAAACCAGUUGCGAUAGGAACCGGAAGUGGAGGAAUUUCAUUUUUCGAGUCAAAAAAGGCUUGCCAAAGCUAGAUAGAAGGGGUUCUAAUGAUCCUGAAGAACAAAUGUUAACAAGGAUCUAACUUAUAUAUAUUAAUAGAUUUGGUGCUCAUUUACAACCAUCAAGACACAAACGAUUCUAUCUCACAUCAUACAUAUGUGUCAAUUUUUUUUUUUUUUUUU